AUGAUGUCUUCCGACGGCGGCGGAUUGAAGCCGUUUUUCUGUCACGUGUGCGACGAGAGGAUCACGUGCACCGAUGAGUCGGAACCUUUCUGCCCGAUCUGUCUUCAAGGAUUCGUGGAAGAAUGGAACCCUGAUAAUCCAAACCCUAACCCUAAUUUUAUCCAUGAGAGUGAGGUGGAAUCUUGGGAUCCCGAAUUCCCGUUCAACUCCCUCUCCUUGCUACCUUUCAUGAUCAACACCGUUUCCAGGGUCCGACCCGAAACCGAUAUGUUCGACCCGAUGACCUUCCUCCAGAACCACCUUCAGGGCCUUCGCGCCGACGGCGCCAACAUCCAAUUUUCCUUCGGCAAUCCUUCGGACACGGGAUUCCGCCUCUCGCCCAACAUGGGUGACUACUACCUCGGCCCCGGUCUUGAGCAGCUGAUUCAGCAGCUCGCUGACAAUGACCCCAACCGUUACGGUACGCCACCCGCCGCCAAGGACGCCGUCGAGAAUCUCCCCACAGUCACCGUUGACGACGAGUUGCUGAACUCGGAGCUGAACCAGUGCGCGGUCUGCCAGGACGAGUUCGAGAAGGGCACGCAGGUGACGCAGAUGCCGUGCAAGCACGCGUACCACGCUGAUUGCUUGAUUCCUUGGCUUCGGCUGCAUAACUCUUGCCCCGUUUGUCGGUAUGAACUGCCCACGGAUGACGCGGAUUACGAGAAUCGGACGCGGGGCAGUGGCGAUGAUGGUGGGUCGAGGUCUGAUGGGAACGACGGGGGCGGUGGCACUGGAGGGGGAGGGGGUAAUAAUAGACCUAUUCACAGAACUUUUAGAAUAUUUUUGCGGCCUCCUUUUGAUGCAGGUGGUUCUGAGCAGGACAGUGCUGAAAGGGGAUGGGAAAGUUGGGAUUGA